CCCUCUAGCGUUGGCCCUGGUCUGUCUCUGUAGUGUGUGGAUGAGCCGCAGUGAGGCGCCGCACUGACGCACUCAGCGGUCUGUGUGUGCGCUCUUUGUCUGUCAGCAGCAGCAGAUGAACCGGAUCUCCACACACAGACACCGGCCAUAACAAAGAACAACAGACCGCUGUGUCAGCGUCAGCCACCAUGGAGGAAUAUAACUCUGGAGAUGAGGUCGUCUUCAGCGCCGAUGAGGCCACCAGCUCAGUUAAAGAGUGCAUCGAAGGCGUCAUCGGUGGGACAGAGUAUAACCAGAGCAAAGUGAACCAGUGGACGGCGAGCAUCGUGGAGCAUUCUCUGACUCACCUGGUGAAACAAGGACGGCCGUUCAAAUACAUUGUAAACUGCACCAUCAUGCAGAAGAGCGGUGCCGGUCUCCACACGGCAAACUCCUGCUACUGGGACACUGCCACUGAUGGAAGCUGCACGGUGAGGUGGGAGAAUCGCACCAUGUACUGCGUGGUCAGCGUGUUCGCCGUCGCUGUGCCGCUGUGACCGUGACCCUCUGAUAGAAGUUUUGGUUUGUGAGUCGAGGGCCUGCGUCGCUGUGCGAGUGUGACUGAGAGAACGUGUUGCUUUGCAGGGACCAAGGUCAGAAUUAAACCUGAAGCAGACUUU